GUCUGCCUGCCGCUGGCCUGGCCCCGUCUGUCUCUCUCAGCAGCUGUCUUUCUCGCGCCCACUGGCCGGUCUCUCCUCUUCCCCGCAGUCGCCUCCUUCCUCUGCCUGCCUGGGUGGCCGCCAUGGGCCGGAAGCGGCUCAUCACUGAUUCCUACCCGGUUGUGAAGAGGAGGGAGGGGCCCGCUGGGCACAGCAAGGGGGAGCUGGCAUCCGAGCUAGGGGAGGAGCCCCAGCCCCGCGACGAGGAGGAAGCGGAGCUGGAGCUGCUGAGGCAGUUUGACCUGGCCUGGCAGUACGGGCCCUGCACCGGGAUCACACGGCUGCAGCGCUGGUGUCGGGCCAAGCAGAUGGGCUUGGAGCCUCCCCCAGAGGUGUGGGAGGUGCUGAAGACCCACCCCGGAGACCCCCGCUUCCAGUGCAGCCUCUGGCAUCUCUAUCCCCUAUGAGGCACCACGUAUGACCUCCUGCCCUUGGCUCUCUUGCUCCUCACCCAAGAAUCUCAGGACAGAAGCAAGAGCCCAUUGCUUCUGCUCAGCUCAGCCCCGCUGCGGAGGAACCCUUGGCAGGCAGAACCUGGAGGUGUCAGAGGCUCAACUCCUCCAUCUAACCAGCAGGCUCUCAGAGCCCCCCUGGAAGAGCCUGUGCAGCUGAAGCAGAGUGCUUCUAGAUGGAGAGUGGUCACUGGGGAAAAGGACCUGGCCAUCACCUUCCAGUACCUGCUGCCUGUCUCCCUGACCCAUGGUGUGGCAAGUUAGGCACAGCCAGACGUGGACAGUUGAUCCAUGAGGCAAAGAUGCUGUCCCACCUAUGGCUAGGAAUCAGAGCAGGACUGGCUGAGCUCCCAGGGCAAGGGGUUCACUAAUGCUUACCAAUAAAGAAUAUUAAGC